AUCACAAAAAAAAAAGUCAAAAUAUUACCAUGCUUCCAUGCUGAAUUUGAAUUUUUGUGUUUUAAAUAUUUAAAUUAAUUUGUUAAUUGUUUUGUUGAAAUGGCUUGUAAACUUCAUAGAGUGCGAUAUUACAAUCCGAAGCCAGUACCAGUGAACUGCGCUGCAUUCAGCAAAAGCAAUAAGGUUCUCGCAUUGGCAAGGCAAGAUGCAUCAAUUGAGAUAUGGGAUCUAAAUUUCGCUCCAUUCCUCAUCAAAUUUAUACCAGGUGUUGCGAACACUUCAGUCGAAGCCCUGGGUUGGAUCCAUCAGAGAUUGAUAUCAACAGGACUUGGUGGUGCACUGAUUGAAUGGGACAUCGAAAAACUCUGUGUUAAGAAGACAGCAAUUCUAACGGGUUAUGCUGCAUGGUGUCUUGAUGUGAAUUCUACUAAUUCUAUGGUGGCAGUUGGAACUGAACAGGGCUAUGUUAACUUGUACUCUGUUGAAGAUGAUGACAUUGUUUACAAAAAAUUGUUUGAUAAACAAGAAGGGAGGAUAAUGUGUUGUAAAUUUGACCAUACUGGAAAUAUAUUAGUUACAGGUUCCAUAGAUUGUAUAAGGGUGUGGAAUGUAGAGACAGGGCAUGCAACCUGUAAGAUGUCAGUAACCUGGCGAGGUAGGGAGACCAUAGUGUGGUGUCUUGCUGUCUUGUCUGAUGGUACAGUGGUCUCUGGAGACAGUUUUGGAAGACUUGCUUUCUGGGAUAGCAAUAUGGGUGACCAGAUAGAAUCCUACUCAAUACACAAGCGUGAUAUAUUAUCGCUAGUGGUGGCAGAUGAUGAGAAACAUAUCUACUGUAGUGGAGUGGACCCUGUCAUUACUCGCUUUGUCAAAGUGGACAGUGGCACAGGCAAAGAGACCAGUGCAAGUUGGGUUAGGGAUGUACAGAGGCAUAUACAUGAACAUGAUGUCAGAGCUCUAUUGUUACAUGAGAAUACGUUAAUAUCUGUUGGGACCGAUGGCUACUUAACCCUUUCAAGACAUCCGCCAAAAUGGGUGAUGAGAAUACCCCCAAUGAUUCCAUACCCUAGAUCAUCUGUUAGUGCAAAGGAGAAAUUAUUGCUGUUAAGGUACAUCAACUAUCUAGAAGUUUGGAAGUUAGGUUCAUACGAAGUAAACCAAAGUGGAAAUGUAACAUUAAAUAACAGUACAAGUGAACUUAAGAAAGACAUAAAACAGGACAACAGUGGCAAUCAAUUGGAAGCAGAUUCUGAAAUUAUUGUUGGAAAUGGAUUUAACCAGCAAAACGAAAAUGACAAACAGACUCUCAAAUUGACAGAGCAGCCGAUAAAACUCGUGUCCAUACAAACCAAGGGCAAGAAACAAAUAAAAUGUUGUGAAUUGUCUCCCAGUGGGGAGUUAGUAGUUUAUUCUACUGAUAGUAGUAUGAGAAUGCUAAAGUUGGAAUCUGACGAAGAUCAGAGCAACGUAUCACUAACUAAAGUCCUCAUCAGCGGCGUAACGCGCUGCGACCGAGUGGCCUUCACUGCUGACUCAAGGACAAUGAUCGUUUGGUGCAGCGGGGAGCUCAAAAUAUUGCAAGUAGACCCCGAGGCGGGCGCGACUGUGGUGCAGUCUAUAACGUGUGAGAAAUAUCUAAAAUCAAAGUCGAUUUUACACCUCGUGGUAUCCAAAGAAACACCUUCAGGAGCGAUUUACGUGGUAGUCGCCGACACACAGGGAGAUAUUGCGAUUUGGAUAAAAAAGACGAAGAAAUUUGAAUUUUAUGCUUCACUGCCUCGGUUCCGAUGCUUGCCGUCUGCUAUGACUUUUAAAAAUAACCAAGAAAAUCUAGUAGUGGUUUACGUGGAUCAAAAGAUUUUAGAAUAUCAACUGGUAGAGAAGAAAGUAUUCGAGGGAACGGUACAUCGGGCCGAGUGGCACGCGCGCACCUCGCCCGUUAUGUCGCUCAGCGCACAUCCCGCGCGCGACGCGCUUGUGAUGCAGGACGAUGUCUCGCUGUGGGUGCUGGAUAAGAACGACCAGAUUGACAAUGAAGACCAUCAGCCAUUGCCCAAAAGGAUGCCCAACAUGCCUUAUAGACCCAACAUAAACGCUGGAUUACGCAUUAUUCCGAUAAAGUAUUUGGCUGGAUUCCAUUGGCUGGGGGACGAUGAAGCGGUGACGUUGGAAGUUUUGCCAGAAAAUAUAGUUUCACAGUUACCACCCCCUAUAAUGAAUACUAAGAAACAUGUGUUAUAAAUAUGAUAGUUUUUUAAUAUAAUUGUUUAUAUACUUAA